AUGUCGUCACUCGUAGGCGCGUCGCUCCUCGGGAACAGUGUUGUGGUUUCCUACCGGAGCCGCGGCGAAAUGUGGGCGCGGGGCGUGUGUCUGCGCCUUCGGGCUCCGCGUAGUGCGUUCCGGGGCUUCACCUCCAAGGGGACUGCUCAGGGAAGUGUCCGAGUCCCGGCCGACGUGAUCGAGCACCUGGAGCGUCUCGCGCUCGUGGACUUCGGCAGUCGCGAGGCCGUGGCGCGGCUGGAAAAAGCCAUCGCCUUCGCCGACCGGCUGCGCGAGGUGAACACGGACGGAGUGGAGCCCAUGGAGUCGGUCCUGGAGGACAGAUGUUUAUACUUGAGAUCUGACAAUGUAGUAGAAGGGAACUGUGCUGAAGAACUACUACAAAACUCCCACUGCGUCCUGGAGGAGUAUUUUGUGGCCCCCCCAGGAAAUAUCCCUUUGCCAAAGCUGGAUGAACAAGAGCCCUCCCCACAUAGCUGAUGCACGGUCUUGGGGGAAGGGAGCAGCAUGUGAACACGUAGAAGCACCAUGAUGCAGUCUUACUGUAAACACUCAUGUCCCCCUUUCCUUCAGUCCCCUGGGG